AUGUCCAAGGGGGUUGUGGCGGUCCUGGGUCCCUCUGCCAGCCCAGCAUCCAACUCCAUCAUCAGUAAUAUCUGCGGAGAGAAAGAGUACAGGAUUGGUCAGCUGUACAUGAUCAGCAAGCACAGUCAUGAGCAGAGCGAGAGAGGAGAGGGUGUGGAGGUGGUGCAGAACGAACCGUAUGAGGACCCCAACUACGGCCCGGGACAGUUCACUGAGAAACGCAUUUAUCUCAACAACAAGCUGCCCAGCUGGGCCAGAGCUGUGGUUCCCAAAAUCUUCUAUGUGACGGAGAAAGCGUGGAAUUAUUAUCCCUACACCAUUACGGAGUAUACAUGCUCUUUCCUGCCAAAGUUUUCCAUCCACGUUGAGACAAAGUAUGAAGACAACAAAGGCAUCAAUGACAAUAUCUUUGAUAAAGUGCUCCGAGAUGAAGAAACGGAGGUGUGCUUUAUUGACAUCGCCUACGAUGAGAUCCCCGAGCGCUACUACAAGGAGUCUGAGGACCCAAGAUACUUUAAAUCCGAGAAGACAACCCGAGGUUUGCUGAAGGAGGGCUGGAGGGACACACAGGAUCCCAUCAUGUGCUCCUAUAAGCUAGUAACAGUGAAGUUCGAGGUGUGGGGACUUCAGACACGUGUGGAGCAGUUUGUUCACAAGGUGGUGAGGGAUGUGCUGUUGCUGGGUCACAGACAGGCUUUCGCUUGGGUUGAUGAGUGGAUUGACAUGACAAUAGAGGAAGUGAGAGAAUAUGAACGAGCCACUCAGGAAGCCACCAAUAAGAAGCUGGGAACCUUUCCGCCAGCAAUUUCCAUCAGCGAGACGCCCCUAGCAGCCUGCGCUCGUAGCGGCCCGUCCAGCGCUCCCUCUACACCCCUCUCCACUGAAGCUCCAGACUUCCUUUCUGUGCCCAAGGACAGACAACGGAAGAAGUCCGCUCCGGAGACCCUGACUCUUCCUGACCCAGCACGGAGAGACUCUGCCUUCCGCCUUCCCAGUCUCUUUUCCUGGGGUCCCAGCACCCCGCAACCCGAGUAAACCUCAGUUCUGGCCUUAAUUUCUGAAAACAUGCCCCAGUAAUUCGUCUGUUUGACACAAUCAAAUCAGUCUCUCUUUAAAUACUGAGAGAUACUUAGUUUCCCAAACGCGUGCACACAGAGUGGCUUCUCAACCUGUCCAACCUCAUGUUUUCACUGGGAGUUAAUUUACAAUAGGCCAAAAAGUGCAUUCUGACAUACAAAAAACACGUUACAGAUCAUUGUUAAAAAUAUCUCAGGAGUUGUCCCGUUGAUAGACAAAGCUGAAUCUUUUCAGAUAUUUUUUUUCUUCUUCUUGCCGAGCCAUUUUUCCUACAUAUGUUGAAUAUGGAUAGGAUUUGUAGCCACUGUUGUUUUGCUGUAGUGGGGUAGUUAACGGUAUAUUCUGCUCUGUUAAUAUUUCAGUUGUGAUAUUAUGUUAACGUGACUUGAUCCUCAGGCUUCUGAAUUUCUCACUCAAAUUAGUGUUUGGACAUGUACUGUAAAAAUCUUGUUUAUAUGAAUCUAGGGUUCAAUUUGAUAGUGGUUUCACUAUGCUCUUGUCUUUAACUUUGACCAGUCCCAUUCCCAUGUACUCAGAAAACCAAGUUAACCCAAUUUUACUGACCUGGCACUUUUGCAUGGUCUGUUGUUAGACGACACGAACUGGAACUUGUCUGUACAUACUGUAGUUUACCUUCAUAAUAUAUUUGAUAGGUUGCUGAGCAUCUGCCAUGUAACUGAGUAUGCUGUUCUACAUUAUAUGUUCUUGGUUGGGAUUAAUGUGAUGCAUUAUUAUCCAUGAAUAUGAAUUAAGUCCUCAAAGAAUGCUUGACGAGUAGACUGUUGUAUAAUCUUUGAGCUCUAAGGAAUGUUUGCUGCUGCUGGCCAAUGUAUACUUUGUAAAUUGAAAAGCUCUUGUAUUCUUGCUGGUUCCUGCAUAUCUGUUCUUUCAAACUUAAGUACUCUUUUCUAAAGGAUUCAGAAAUGCACAUGCCAAAUCUUGGGAAACCAUGCUUUUGAUGUCAACUGCCAUUUGUGAAAUUAAAGCAUUUGCUAUCCA